GAUCACCCCUGCCUGCGAUUUGAUCAUAGGACAACGCCGCAGUGUUGAAGACGAUGGAGCGCCUAAUUAACCAGUCAUGUGAGUCACUUCCACACCACACGGCCAAACAUAAGAAGGAGCCAUGGAUGACUGAUAAUAACAAGACAGCAUAGGAUGUUAACAGGCUCAGACUUUCAGAGGUCUUGCUCUUGCCGCGUAGUUGAGUGCCGAAAGCAAAGCGUGCAAUUUCUGUGCCGUUGCGUGAUUCCGCGUGGACAAAUCCUUGGCGCCAUGAAUUAAAAGGGGAGGAUGCAUGUCCAUGGGACCUGUGCAGGCAGCGAAGAUCGAAGCAUCAGCUGAGACGAGCGCAAGCAGGCAACAAAAGCUCCUCAGAGACGAGCGCAAGCAGCUCCCACUCAAUCGAGGUCUCCCACCGUCACCUCUUCUUUCUCAUGGACAAAGCCAGCAUCGCCGCUGCCCCUCCCGCCGCCGCCGCCACCGCCGCCGCUGAUCCCCGCGCGCAGCCGCCGGAGCAGGAAGCAGACGAUCAGGCGGCCGCGCGGCUCCAGCGCGCCUGCGCCGCGUGCCUCCGCGCCGCCGCGCUCCUCCUCGUGGGCUACAGCUUCGCCGUCACGGCGUGGCGCUCGCGCCACGAGCCGCGGGACCUGGCGUUCGUCACCGGGUCCUGCGCGCUCCUGGCGGCGCUGCUCGCGUGCCUCCGGCGCGCGGAGAGCCUGACGCCGGCGUCGCCCGCGGGGGAGAGGCGGCUGCUGCAGGCCUCCGUGUGGGCGCUGUCCACCGCCCUCAGCUGCGCGUUCGCCUACCGUGUCGCCGCCGUCAUGCCGCCCGUGCUGGCGGCGCUAGUUUGGUGCAUGACCGCGUCCGUCGUCCUCACUGGCUUCUUCAUGCUCGUGCUCUGCAAAGACCAGCAGCAGUACCAAGCCAUGGACAAUGUCGACCGUGACGCUGCCGGAGAAGGCAAACAACUCGACAAGAUUAGCACUGCUGAUGAAUUGGUGUAAGGAAGUACUCGUAACAAACUGACGAUUCUUUCGGGACGCUUGCCGUAUCCUUAUAUAGCAUAUACACAACGUGUGUGCAGAGAGAAUUUUACCAACCUUUUAGGAGGGCGUUUAGUUCCAAAAAAAAUUCCUACAGUAUCCAUUACAUCGAAUAAAAAAACUAAUUACACAGAAUAAAAACAACUAAUUACACAAUCUAACUGUACAAGAUGAAUCUUUUAAGCUUAAUUAGUCCAUGAUUCAACAUUAAUUGUCAAAUAACAACGAAAUAUGCUACAGUACCAAAAUUCAAACUUUUUCGCAAACUAAACACAACCUUAAACGGUUGAAGGUUGAUCAUCGUUUUCUGCAAAUGAAUUGGUCAUUUGUUAACCCA